AUGUCUGGCGCUGAACCCCUUCAGACCAUCGAAGUUCCGGAGUCCCAGACGCAGCAUCAGGAUGCACAGGAACGUGAGACUCUGCCAGAUCCUGCACCCAUCGAGUGCUUGAAGUGUGGAGUGCAGACCUCCGCAUUAGAGAGCGGCGUGGUCAUCAAGCUCAAUGGAAUUCAAUGCCCUCGGUGCGCAAGUGUGUACCAGAUGAUGUACCGCCACAUGGGCGGCAUUCCAGAAGGGGUGAGUUCGAUGACAGCUGAACAGCAGAAGACCUUCUUCAAAAGCAGUGGCAGUCUCCUGGCCUCCGCUCCCAAAAACGGACGCUGGGCAAUGGUGAAGUCAGCACUGGUCAAAGAAAUGGUCGCCUUCAGGACCUCGCAGGUCACCCACCGAGUUUCUGAAGACUACUUGCCCUUGAGCGUUUGGGAAAAGAGAGGAUUUGACAGCUCGCAAAUCAAAGCUCAGGGACGAAAGAAGGAUGAUUUGGUGGACGACGAUGUCUGGAGCAUUCCCAGUGACACUGAGGGACCUGCUGGACCGAAAGUCCCCAAGAAGGGGAAAGAGGAUGACGCAGCCAAAGCUGCGCGCAAAAUGGCCAACGAGCGCGCCAAGCUGUGGAAUACCCAGUGCGGGCUGGCUACAAAGAUGCUAGCCCCACUAAGCGCCCUCGAGAAGGGUUUGGGCAACACAUUGGUGCGGUAUCAGAAGCUUGACAGCUUUGACCCGACCAUGGUAGACGGCUUGAAGGAUGCUGCCAACCUCGUUGCACGAUGGAACCAUUGUGCCCUGGUUGAUGUUGAGCUUUCCUUUGGAUUAGCGGUGUGUCCGCUUUCGAAACCCUUACACGGUCGUAUUGUAAUGUCUAAACAUGUUCGAUUUGCAAAGCAACGCCCAGGCGCCAAGAAGUUGAUCAACGCCUCAGAGGAGGACAAGGUCAACAAUGACCCAGAAGGCUUCGACACGGACCACGCUGGCAUGACUUCCAAACUGAAAGCAUCCAAAGACCUCAUGGCCGAUGCCAAGUGGGCCGUGAAAACUGAGAAGGCGGAGCAGGCUGCGAAACCCAAAGCCACCCCGAAGGUGAAGACCGCUCCAAAGCGAAAGGCCAAGACUGGGGGCGCCUAG